CCAGCCCGGGCUCAGGGUGUGGCAGGCGGUCAGCCCUGCAGCAAGGGAGGUGCUGGGUGUCCUGCUCGGAUGCCUCUGCCCGAGUCACCUUCCUCUUACUCAGCGGCCAGUGAGGCCUUGGCCUGGAAGAAGGGCAGCAGUGUCCUGUGUUUAUGACCCUCGUGAAAGGGCUGUUGUCUCCGUCCUCCUGGAGACAGCAGCCCUGUGCGCCAGCAUGAAUGGGGCUAUUCUGUGCUGUGGCUCUGGGCUAAGCACACUCGCUAGCACCGGCACAAAGGGGCCGUGUCCACGCGGCACACGGGGCACAGGGCACGGACAGGGCCCCGGGGAGUGCAGGACGUGGGCUGCUCCUGGCCAGGAGGAGCCGUGCACACCUGCUCCAGUCAUCAUGACGGAGCCUGACCCGCAGGGGUGAGCAAGAAGAUGUAGCGGAGCUGCCGCGAGGCGCUACCUGCCCCAGCUUGCUGUGGACAGCCGAGCCCAGACGAGCGGCCCACCCCGGGCACCCCUUGGGCCACCCUCACCAUGUCCAAGAAGGGCAUGGGCGGCCGAGGCAAGGGGGACAAGGCGGAGGUCCUCGCGGCUCUGCAGGCCGCCAACGAGGAGCUGCGGGCCAAGCUCACUGACAUCCAGAUCGAGCUGCAGCAGGAGAAAAGCAAGGUGAGCCGGGUGGAGAGGGAGAAGAACCAGGAGCUGAGGCAGGUGCGGGAGCACGAGCAGCACAAGAACGCCGUCCUGCUCACCGAGCUCAAGACGAAGCUGCACGAGGAGAAGAUGAAGGAGCUGCAGGCCGUGCGCGAGGCGCUGCUGCGGCAACACGAGGCCGAGCUGCUGAGGGUCAUUAAGAUCAAGGACAACGAGAACCAGCGGCUGCAGGCGCUGCUGCACGCCCUGCGCGACGGCGCCCCCGACAAGGCCAAGAUCGUGCUGCUGUCCGAGGCCAAGGAGGAGGCCAAGAAGGGGUUCGAGGCAGAGAAGAUCAAAAUGCAGCAGGAGAUCUCGGAGCUCAAGGGGGCCAAGAAGCAGGUGGAGGAGGCGCUGACCAUCGCGGUGCAGGCCGACAAGAUCAAGGCCGCGGAGAUCCGGAGCGUGUAUCACCUCCACCAGGAGGAGAUCUCCCGCAUCAAGAAGGAGUGCGAGCGGGAGAUCCGCAGGCUGAUGGAGGAGAUAAAAUUUAAAGACAGAGCAGUCUUCGUGCUGGAGAGAGAGUUAGGGGUUCAAGCCGGGCAUGCUCAGAGACUGCAGCUCCAAAAAGAGGCUCUAGAUGAGCAGCUGUCCCAGGUCAAAGAGGCUGAUCGGCACCUGGGCAGCCCCAGACGGGAACUUCCUUAUGCAGGCGGUGCAGGAGACGCCUCAGACCACUCGGGAAGCCCUGAACAGCAGUUGGAUGAAAAGGAUGCUCGGCGCUUCCAACUUAAAAUUGCAGAGCUGAGUGCGAUCAUUCGGAAGCUGGAGGACCGAAACGCCUUGCUGUCGGAAGAAAGGAAUGAGCUGUUAAAGCGCUUAAGGGAAGCUGAGAGCCAGUAUAAGCCCUUGCUGGAUAAAAACAAACGUCUUACCCGGAAAAAUGAAGAUCUGUCCCAUACUUUACGUCGGAUGGAAAACAAGUUAAAAUUUGUCACGCAGGAGAACAUAGAAAUGAGACAGAGAGCCGGGAUCAUCCGGAGACCCAGCUCCUUAAACGACCUGGACCAAAGUCAGGACGAGAGAGAAGUUGACUUCUUGAAACUUCAGAUUGUGGAGCAGCAGAACCUCAUAGACGAGCUCUCCAAGACGCUUGAGACGGCCGGCUACGUGAAGAGCGUGCUAGAGCGAGACAAGCUUUUAAGAUAUCGGAAGCAAAGAAAGAAAAUGGCCAAACUCCCCAAGAAGCCGGUGGUGGUGGAGACCUUCUUCGGAUAUGACGAAGAGGCCUCCCUGGAAUCCGACGGCUCUUCCAUCUCUUACCAAACGGACAGGACGGACCAGACCCCGUGUACCCCUGACGACGACCUGGAGGAGGGCGUGGCCAAGGAGGAGACGGAGCUGAGGUUCCGGCAGCUGACCAUGGAGUACCAGGCUCUGCAGCGGGCCUACGCCUUGCUGCAGGAGCAGGUCGGAGGGACGCUGGACGCCGAGCGAGAAGUUAAGACCCGUGAGCAGCUACAAGCGGAAGUGCAGAGGGCCCAGACGCGCAUCGAAGACCUGGAGCAGACCCUGGCCGAGCAGGGCCAGGACAUGAAGUGGAUUGAAGAGAAGCAAGCGCUGUAUCGAAGAAACCAAGAGCUCGUGGAGAAGAUUAAACAAAUGGAAGUAGAAGAGGGUCGGUUAAAACAUGAGGUCCAGGAUGCGAGGGACCAAAAUGAGCUGCUGGAGUUCCGGAUCCUGGAGCUCGAGGAGAGGGAGAGGAAGUCCCCGGCCAUCAACUUCCACCACACCCCCUUCGCGGAAGGGAAGAGCCCCCUCCAGGCCUACUGCGAGGCCGAAGGCGUGACGGACAUCCUGGUCACAGAGCUGAUGAAGCAGCUGGACAUCCUGGGGGAUAACGCCGUAAGUAAUCUGACCAACGAGGAGCAAGUCGUCGUCAUCCAAGCUAGGACGGUCCUGACCUUGGCUGAAAAGUGGCUCCAGCAGAUCGAAGAGACCGAGUCGGCCCUGCAUCGGAGGAUGGUGGACCUGGAGAGUGAGAAGGAGCUGUUCAGUAAGCAGAAGGGCUACCUGGAUGAGGAGCUGGAUUACAGGAAGCAGUCCUUGGACCAGGCUCACAAGCACAUCCUGGAGCUGGAAGCCAUGCUGUACGACGCCCUGCAGCAGGAGGCGGGGGCCAAGGUGGCCGAGAUCCUGUCGGAGGAGGAGCGUGACAAGCUCAAGGUGGCCGUGGAGCAGUGGAAGCGCCAGGUCAUGAGCGAGCUGCGCGAGCGGGACGCCCAGAUCCUGCGGGAGCGCAUGGAGCUGCUACAGCUGGCGCAGCAGAGAAUUAAAGAGUUAGAGGAAAGAAUAGAAGGUCAGAAGCGACAAAUAAAGGAACUGGAAGAAAAGCUUUCAUUCUGUGGUCUUAGCUCGCCUGGCCCCGACCGGCCCCCAGAGGAGCCAGACCCCUUGCCCCCAGCCGGACCAGAGAGCAGUGGGGGCCCGGGCGGCAAGAUCCCACGCCCCGUCUCGUCCCUGAAGCCCCAAGAGGAUCUGGUGUCUGCGGACCCCGUCCUGUCGAGGAAGAAGAGGGAGAAAGGGGGGCGUUGAGCACCUCUGAGCGGGCCACUGUCCUCUGAUGAGCCAGUUUUAGAACUAGUUUUCUGACUGGGGCUCCUCUGGAAGAGGCCUGGUCUUGGCUGCCGGACCCUGGGUCCCUCCUCGGGACGCAGCCUCCCAAUCCCGGUGACAGGGAUGCAUAAGUUCCCUGCUGAGCAGGUGCAAAGAGCCGCUUCUGUGCAGGAGCGUCCACAGCCCUACACUCCCACCUCAUGGCCCCUUGAUAGCGCAACACACGUCUCAGAUGGACCGGUCAGAAAGGACGCAGGCAGGCACCCCACAAAAUGACACCCCGAAGCCUGUGGCCGCAGAGGCGACCUUCAUUCAGGGAAGCCCAGACGGGUCACGGAGGAUGUUCCGAGGAUGGUUCCCCCGACCCCUCGGGUGGCCUAGGAGGACCCGGUCGCUGGGGUCCUGUGCACCUGCUGGCCAACGUGUCCCUGCCUGGUUUAUGACGCUGUCAGCUUGGGAACAGCGGCGGCUGCUGCCCCACCGUGCGUCAACCCCAGGCUUCCAGGCCAGCCUGAGCCGCCCGGAGCAGCGCGGUGGGACAAGAGGGCCUGGCUGUCCUGGGAUGCAGAGCCCCAGGCACCGCAGAGGCCGUGGGCAGCGGCCGGCUGGGGGGGCCCGCGCUGCCCCGUGAGGCUAGGGCAGCCACGCACUGUGUCCUGCAGACACGAGAAGGGAGCCCGACAUCCUGGUGACACGCAGAAAGGACACGGCACAUGGAUGAAGCCCGUUUUAAGCCUGAGGUCCCUCGCUGCCGGGUGCUCUGGCCCACAGCCCAGGGACGUCUGCCAGCACUCGGACACAGCCCGACUCCCGGGCGGGAAGUGGCGCUUCCAUCGACCCUGCACCCUGGUGGUGCAAGGUGUGUGUGUGUGUGCGCGUGCGCGUGCAUGUGCGUGAGUCCCUGUGUAUGCACUCGUGCAUGCUCAACCAGGAGACGAGAUCUUAGCUCUUUUGAGACACCUGGAAGUUGACGUGCUGGGUGGGGACACCUGCAGCCAGGGGAGAAUGUGACCGACGAAUGGCACAGUAUGAAGGGAAAGCAGACUGCGUUUCUGAGGGUCUGGAGGGAGGGCCGCCUGGUCUGCGAGCGUCAGGAUCACUUUGUGUCUGCGUCUGAAGACGUGUUCAACUGUGGUGCGGACGACCGACGCCAGACCAGGCUCGAUGCCCCAGGUUGAAAUCGGGAGAAAGCUUACGGGGUCAGACGGGUCUGCUUCUCCGUAGCGGGGGCGGGAUUUCUGCUGGGCAGUGGGGGGUUGCUCCCUUAACCGACACUCGCCCGGGAAGGACCGUCCUUCCUGUGGUCACGAGAGCCGCAGUGACUCACUCACUUGGGCAAGAUACGGGCAGGCCCACUGCUUCUCUAGCUGAGGCUGCUGCUGGGGUUUGCAGGUCAGAUCCGAGAUCUUGUUUCACCCUCUGCAUAGUCCUGUCUCAUUCCAAUGACUCCAUCCUCCCGGCACACAUUGUGUUCGGAGCUGACUGGCCAACAGUGGCCUUGAUAGAGCCUCAAAGCCCCCGCGGGGCUCUGGAGCUGGGUGGAGCGUGUGACGUAGGUGUCCAGAAACUCCGUGUGGGGAGGCGCUGUGGGGUUGUCUCCUGUGGGGACCCAGCAGUAGCAGCCGAACGGGCUGGCCGUUCAGGAGCUGACGAUGUGCACUUGAAACCCAAAUUCACGUCCCCUGUGUGCAUUUGCAUCAUCAUGAUUUUGCAUGUUGUACAUACAUGUGUCUGGAGCUCUUCCCAGGCCAUCCGCACACUUGCCAGACACUCUUAUCACAGCUCUGUAGUCUGAAAAGGGUGUUCUGUGCGGGACAGAGAAGCACGUAGAUCUGGACCGGUGCUUGCGUGAAGCUGUUGUUUGAGUGUAAAAGUACAUAGUGAAAAUGGCUCAGUGAACUAAUAUUCCAUGUACCAAGCUGCAUUUGUACCCUUGCCAUGUUCCUGUGAGAAGCCCACAUGUAGCUGCAAUGCCCGUUCCUCUCCUUGGAGAUCACUCUUUCUAUUCAUGUGUCGUAGGCACCUUCUUUUCAUCUGAUUAUAAAAUCCAGCAUUUCAGGACUGGGCUUUUGCCAAAAAAGCAAGAAAGCAAGAAAGCAAAUAUGAGCGUUUGUCACUGAUUUCCUGCUAGUCCACUGGGCAUCUGAAGAAUUCAAGUGUGUUAAAAUCACAAGGUUUUUUUAAGCCCUGGAGCAUGACCUUUAUGCUAAACCAGUGGGCUGCAUUGAAUUUCCUGAAAGUAUCUGGGCUCUGUUACUGCAAAAACUCCUCAAACAGAGGAAGUCUGUGUGUCAAUGCCACUCUCUCAUGGGACAAGAGGAGGGACCAGAAGUUGCCAGAAAUGUUUGUUGUGUAAACCAAGAUGUGGACAUGUGUGCAGCGUAACAAUUAUCAACACAAUCGCACUGUGUACACAAUACCCAGAACCACCGAUGUUUUCGUUUUGUCUACACUAGAAAUCCAUGUAAAUUGCAGCUCCCUGGUUGACACGGAUGUGCGAGUGUGUGCACCUCAUUUCCACAUUUCCACGGUCUGGAGUCCCAGCUGCUGAAGGGCGGUGGCUCUUCUUCAAUAGUGCUCUGCUCUUGCAGAACCCGUAGCCUUCGGGACACCCCGCGUGCCUUACACGGCUUGUCAACACCGCGCUGGAUAUCAGGAAUCGGAGGGUGUGCCGGGAGUGGGUUUGGAGGCAUCGUGACGUCAGUCCACACUUACCAUCACCCCAUCACUGAAACCUUAAGAUGGAUUGUGUGUUUUAACACAGUAAUGGAUUUACAUUUAGGCUCAGGAAAAUCAAGUUGUAAAUAUGUGUAUCAAAUCAUCUAUUUGUUUACUGUAUUUUAAAAAGCUUUAUUGUAAAUUUAUGCAAAAAUGAACUAGGACUUGUUUUAUCGUGGCAACACGCCAGCCAGUAUCUGUGUCCUCUGAAGCAGCUCCUUACUAACCACACUCUAAACAUGUGAUAUUCUGUUCCGUGCUAAACAGUAUUCACAGGCCUGAAAUAGGUUUGUAUGGUGGUCAACUACAAAAUUUUGCACAUAUUUUUGUAUUGUGAUUCCUAUGAUAUAUACCAGAGAAUUUUUACUCAUUUGUAAAUUAUUGUACAGUUUUAAUAAAAAAAAAUGUUUUAAAUCUUAA